CCCUAGCUCCCGCUGAUCUUUCCCUACCCUGAUCUCCUCUGCCACGGAUGUCAUCGGAUCCAUCGUCUGUGGAGCCCUCCGUGGCCAUGGAGGUCACCAAGCCAUCGGCCUCACCGUCGAAGGAAUCGGAGCCGGUCGGCGUUAGGGCUGCAGCCGCCGUCGCCGCCACGCAAGUUGCCGCCCACGAGAAGAACGCGCUGUGGGUCGGCAACCUACCUGCGCACGUGGGUGAGGACGACGUCGUGGCGUCCUUCGCCCCGCACAAGACACUCGACUGCGUCAUCAUGCGCAUCGAGUACCGCAGCAAUGCCUUCAUCAUUUUCCGCUCCAUCGCCGAGUGUCGGACCGCCCUCAAGGCGCUCCGCGGGUCCAAUAUCAAGAGUGCGUUCAUCCUGAUUGAGUUCGCCCAACCGGCGGUGUGGGCUGAGGCCUCAAGCAGCUCUGAUAUAUGUAGUUAUUUCAGUGGAGGCACAAUGGAUCAGUGGCGACAGGGUGGUCUGGUGGAGAAUCGCAGGUGGCUGGAGGCAGCAGCGCUCAGAGUCUAGGGAAGCGCGGCGCAUGAGGCCCUUGAUAUGGUCGAUGGGCACGUGUGAGCCGAUAGCGACGGGAUACCUUGACACCGGUGAAUGGUCUAGCAGGAAGCGGUGGCAGUGGGUUCCUUUAUGUGGUGGGAGACAUCGGCAGCGCACGGGAAGGCCAGGCCGUCCGGAUUUUCUUUAUAACUGCAGGUCAUCUGGAUUGGGUGAAGAAGGGUAGGGUUCUUUUUUGUUCCAGAUCUUUAGCGAAUCGUUUUGUACCACUUAUGGAUGGCAGUGGUGCGUAAUUGUUUUUUGGAUCUUUAGCAAAUUGUUUUUAAGAUUAGCGACAAAUGAGCUGGUCGGUCAGCUCUUUUUUUCGGAUCUUUAGCGAAUCAAUUUCUACCA